UUUUGCCAGGGUAAUUCUGAUGUUAAAGAAAUCAAGGAAGAACUCUCCAUUCAAGAUGAAGAGAGGCUGCUAAGUAAGCACUAGUCAGGGCACAGGUACCCCAAGGGCACAGUAACAGGAAAAGGUGUAAAACCAUGAAUCAGAGUUCCUUUCCUUUUUUCCUGGUCCACUCCUCUGUUCAUGCCCUCCUUAUUAUGGGAAUGCAGGCCCUGGAACAUGCUACCAAAGAGAUUCUUAUUUACUCAAGUUUAUUUGUCACUAGAAAUAGAGUUGAGUGUUUAGCUGAUAAGUUACUUUUUUGAUGUAUAGGUAGAUCUAUGGAUGACAUUUUGAAGAGAAUGUUGUUAAAAUGAUGCAAAGAGAAUAACAGCUGGCUCAUUCUGUAAAUACAAGGCAUAUACCACACCACAGCUUGCCAAUCUCACCCCAACAUAUCCCACCCUUCCCAUUUUUAGUGGUUUAAUGAUGAUCAUACAAGAUUUAGCCCAGAGAGCACUUUGCUUGAUGUUGGUUUGGUCUGAUGAACUGAAAACCAUGAAAUUGGUGUUGUUUGUUGAAGUGGUGUUAAAUGCAGCACCAUGCAUUAAGUCUAGUGGCCAACAAUACUUUUUUCCUUCACAGACUGCGUAGAAAGUCUGAAAGUGAUUCUGGUUGUUGUAUUCUGUCAGUUAUAGAGUGGUCCUGCUUUUCUUUGCAGACAGAGGUACUCGAAAGGCCCAUCCCAAAGCUAAACAGUUUGGUGGUUCUAAAAGAGUUGAAGGACUAAAGAGCAGUAUAAAGGAUCAUAAUUCAACACAAAAGGACAUAAAGAAAAAAGCUAUUGUAACUGAUGAUUUAGCAUUGUUUGCAAGAUUAGAUGAACUAGAAAAAACAGAAACUGCCAAUGCUGAACUUGAUCAAUUUUUGGAUGAAGAGAAGACUGAAAUCAAGACUGACAGUGAAUAUAGGAAAAAAGAAGAUGAUGUGAGGUGGGUGCCGUCAUUGAUGACACUAAGUGAUGAUAACAACAAGAAGAAAGUCACAUGGGGAGAUGAUGAUGAUAAGAAAGAUGCUGAUGGAAAUGUUGGUGAUUCUGAUGAUGAUAGUGAUGAUGAUGAUGAAGAUGGACGAAGAACUAUUGCUGUCAAGUUUAGCCAUUCAUCAACGUUGUCACAUGGACAGGUUCUUGAUGACAAGGUAAAGUAAACAGGGCAGAGCUGCAAAUAACAUCUGGUUAUUGGACAAUGUCCAACUUAGGCCCCAUCCACACGUAUCUGCAACUUUUUUAAAAUAAUGGAGAUUUUAAAAAUGAUGCAUGUAAAGCAUUUUUAAAAUGAUGCAUUAUUCGUGACUGUUUUCACCGAAUGUGUGUUGACAUAAAAAAAAGAUCACUGCGACACAAUCUGUGGGUAAAAAAUGGAUUGUUACAUUGAUGCAAAAUGUUAUGUACAAAGUUUCAGUAGCUCCAAGUUCUCUAUAGUGAAACUUUAUUGCCAGUUGCCUAUUUGACUAAUUUUCAGUUGUAAGGGAAUAACUUUAUGUAGUUAUGUUAAUCAGUUUGGUUUGCUUAAUAUCUUGAUUUUUCCCAUAGACAACCACCUCCUGUAAGCGACCACUUUAUCGUGCACAUAGGGUGGUCUCUUAUGAGAGAGUUGACUGUACUCCCAUAUUCCUGGGUGUACAUAGUUUAGUGAUAAGUUUACAAAUGGCAAUGGAACAAAAUAUUCUCAAAAAAGCUCUGUGAGCUAACUUCCCGCUCCACAACCCUACACCAUCCGGUUCUUUACAACUUUGAAACAGCUCACCAUUUGAUUUAAACCAAUCUGAAACAUUUGAAAAUUUCUCUAAUCAAGUUCAACUAUUACUUUAUUCUCACAGACACAGUAUUUGCUUGAUGCAGUGUUUUACUUAACCUGAGAAAACAGCCGACAUUUUGUGAGGCCACCACUAGUUUCCCCUGAAAUUAUAUCUGAGAAACGAUUGCAGAAAUUCCAUACUGAUGACGCGUCACUACCAAGAGCUGGGUAGUGCUUCUCAUUGGUUGAAGUAAAUUUUCAAGCAAUCAGAAUCACCACCCAGAUCUGGGUAUUCACACGUCAUCAGUAUGGAAUUUCUGCAGUUGUUUCUCACGCAUCUUUUUUUUUUUGUGUGGAAACCAGUGGUGCCAUUGCAAAAUGUCAGCUGUUUUCUCAGGCUUUGUUUUACUGUAGUCAAUUUGUUUGUUUAUUUGUUUGUUUGUUUUUUUGCAGAGCUUAGAUCAGAAUUUAAAGGAACGAUCUGUGGUUACUCCUGCAGAUCUCUACUCCCAGUUCACACCCAAACAGGAGUUGAAAUCCAUCCUUAGAAAGCCUUCCAGUGAAGGAAAAAAGAAACAAGCAUCAAAAGAUCAAGUUGCUUUAACUGCGGAGGUGCAGGCUGGUACAAUAAAAGAAAAAACAGAAAAGGAUUUUGAUCUUCAAAAGGUAAUAUGUUAGUUCCUGUUAGUUUACAGAAUGUUUGACAUAUACAGUGUUUGAGAAAUACAGCAGCCACAAAUAGGCAUUUAGGGGUGCUGUCUUACUAAUAGGAAAUCAUCCUUUAUUAUGACAGUGAAUGUUUAUUCCUGACCUUGGACUAGAGACUAGAAUGUAGAAUAUUUUCCAAGGACUGUAGACUGUUCACAGAACCCGAUUUUUCUGCAAGAUUGUCGAGAUCAAGCGUUUUGCGUUAUGGGCAGCCAUCUUGGAUGAGUGUCAAAUCUACUUAGAUGACAGCAGACGGUUUUUCGCACCUCCCUACCCCACUGCUAUAAACUCCAAUGCCCACCCCUUUGAUACAAAAAAAACCAAGAUCGUCGCCCGUACCAGUAAGCCUCCGAUCCUGACUAUCUUACUAAGAAACGGGGGACUGUGGACAGUCUACAAGAACUGUUCCUGUUUCAUUAAUUGCUUGUGUAAGUAUGGGGCAAUACCUACACCUUUGGAUGUUUGGUAUCAAAUUUAAUGCUCUGUUCUUUUCAGUUUGACUCUUGUAUGCCAUGCUUCACCCUUCGACUGUUCAGACUACUAUCUUGCUUGGUUUUAUGAUGAAUAUGUUUCCAUGCUUAUACUGAGGACUGUGAAUUCAGUUCAAAGCAGACAACCUUGUUUUCUGAAAACCAGGCAACCAGUUAUUUGGUCAGAUCAUGUUUAUCGUUCAACUGCUAUGUCACACCGAGCAUAUUACCACUCAAAGCGUAUACAGAUAAAGAUUGAAAUGUCCAUUCCAGAAAGAAAUAUGCUAUUCAUCCGCUUGUUGAUUGUGCAUUCCUGCGUAGCCUGAUUCUUGAGGCCGCUUGGUGUUACCUUGUACCAAAUGAAAAUUCAGGCAAAUUCUCCCCAAUCGUUCUUUCCUUGAGAGUAUAUCCCAGAUUAUAUGGAGAAAACCUGCCCUAAUUAGAAGGGUAAAUCGCCUACCCACGCUAGCCUGAGCGGUUGCCCGUUAUUUCAGUACAAGUCGUUUUGAUUCAGUUUAUUCAUUUGAGGUGUAAAUAGUUCCAUGUACUUGGCAGAACGAAGAUAUUCACCCAAAAUGUUUUUCUUAUUUACUCGCAAACUGUACUUAAAGUGAACAAAAUUUUUGUGCAAUUUCACAGCUUGAAAUUGUAUCGAAACGACUUUUGUAUGAAAACUUGGCGAACCAUUUACUGGAGGAACAAAAAGUUGGCUCAGCUAAAAAGGUGACCUGCCUUGCUGGGUGACCCUUUUUUAUGGUUUGCACCAGAUCGUAGUGGGACCAACUUUUCUUCAAAUACAAACACUUUGGCUUACCAAGGCAGGUCAACCGGGUAAAGGCAAGAAAACCAAAGCAUGCGCAAGUGCCGCUGCUGUCUGCCCUUCACUUUGGCAAAGAGGUCAACUUUUUUCUCAUAUUAACGCUCGCUAAAGUUGACUCGGCUGGGAAGGUGACCGUCCUUCCCGGAACUACUUUUCUCCACAUAAAGAGGCCUUAUCGGUAGUCUAACCCCAACAGCAACUGUUUGUUCAAUUCAGAAUUCCAAAGGGAAAGAGUAUUUCAUAUUUCACUCAUCAUUCCUUAACUAUUACUUUCAUAGGCAUUUACAGGAACCAUAUUUGAAAAGCCAUCUGUACAAAGUGAACAGCAUGAUUCCAGUGCAUCCCAGGUUAUUACAUCAGAUUUACCUGAUUUUUAUUUGUUUUAAACACGAGAUUGUCUCGCCAACCUUGUGCGAGAUUUGUCUUGAACAUAGAAGUUGGGGCAAAUUUGAGUGCAAGAAUAUUCGUUUACCUGCACUUAUAACAAUAAAAUUUAUGUCAGUUUGAUUUGAUGAACUUAAACGCCAACUUACAUGAAUUUUAUUGCCAUGAUUUUUAAAAACUUGAAACUUGUGUACAUUAGGAGGGAAAUGUAUUGAUGCAAUGUUCCUGUUAUUAUUCUCACAACAGUUGGUUACGUUGCGUUCGAUUCGCAAAUCCGGGGGGGUCAAUUUAAUAAUAAAACUUUUAAAAGCGUAAUUUACAAGUGUAGCUAUUGUUCUAGAGUCUGAAAUCAAUAGCUACGCUUGUAAGUUACACUUGUAAAAGUUUUAUUGAAUUUACCCUGGAUUUCCUUAUCGUUCCCGAAAAACCGAUUUCAUGACAAGAUCUUUCUGUUAUAAUUGAAAUCCGUGUCGCAGAAGGAUAUCCUUUCUACAAUCCCUUUUUUGGACGGAUGGAAAAUCCUGAGUCUUUAAUUUAACACUUCAGUUUUUCAUGUGUUGGCGAUGUAAAGUACUAUGUUGCUCUUAGCCAGUGAAUACAGCCGUUUCUCCUUGCUCCUCGCCGCUAAGGACGUUUCGCCAGCGAGAUGGAACGUCUGCGACUCAGCGACAGAAAUUCCAUGUGAUGACGUAAAAUCUGUCCGAAAUCUCGUCAGGAACUCUGAUUGGUCGACGUAGUAGUUGAUUUACGUCGUCAGUAUGGAAUUUCUGUCGCUGAGUUGCAGACGUUCCAGGAGAAACGCCUAUAUUCGUAGGCUACGUUGCUCUGAUCUCACUUUUACCCUUUAUUCUUUCGUCACUAUUAUAAUGCCGCCCUUGUUGCUUGUUGUUUUUACAGAUGAACAAAGCACAACCUGGGAAAAAAACUUCACGAUUUAAAGCGGCGAGACAGAAACAACAAUAA